CUGCCACUCGGCGCCCACAAUGCAAGAGGGCAUCGAUUUGGUCGACGCACUCGACCAUCUCGUCCAGAAUCUGAACCGCGCCGACGGCCACAAGUCCGGCGACUGUCCGCCCGACGACUGCCCACCACUACCGUUGCCGACGACGACGACGGCUGUGGCCACCGGUUUGCAGCCCUUCGAUGUGGUGCUUAUGGACCAUAACUACUGUCAAACGUGUGACUAUUACUCAACAGCCGGUGUAAGUGAUGGUACGGUCGGCACCGCCGGUAGUAAUCGGACAUCAGGUGCGGCCGAAACGGCCGGCGAUAGUCAGACAUUGAUCGGUGAUCAACACCAGCCGGUGGUGGGCGUGACCACCAAUACUACAAUUAGUACAACCAGUGCUACAAAACUCUCUCCACAUAAACAACAGACGACACUAUCGGUGAAUAGAUCGACAACCAGUGCUACUUCGGCCGUCGCUGUCGCCGCCCCUACGGUGGCCACACCUGUCGCGGCCACUCCACCAACAGUGGCGUCACCGGUGGCCACGAGUGCCAACUCGUUCGUCUCGUUCAACGAUAACUCUUCGUCUACAAUGACGGCCACAUCGCCGUCGCCCACACGAGUGCCGCCCGACUCACCAUUAGGUACGCCGACGUUCUCCAAGUCGUCGUCGCCGAAGACACCGCCGGCGUCGAGACGAUCGCAGCGACAGAUCGAUCGGUUCGAGAAGUCGAUGGUCGAGAAGAUUAAGGCCGAGAACCAGGAAAUGCUGAAACGGGAAAAGGAGAUAAUGGAGUCGCCGAUUAAAUCGAGUUCAACGGAUACGUCACACCCAUUGACGCCAUCGACGGCCAGCGCGGCGACGACGGCCACCGAUGAGACCAAAGACACGGAUGAGGACCAGUUGGUGAUCGACUUUGACAAGAAGUCUAAGGAGAAGACAAUUGGUGGCAAUAGUAGUAAUAAUAGCGGCAAACGUAACAAUAAACGCCAAAAAUCACUCACAAAUGUAAGUGUUAAGCCUAUGGAAGCUCAGGAGUUCAUUAUAACAGAGUUUGAUUGUGUUUUGAAUGCUUACGAU